AUGGAUCCAGAAACCGACCACUACAAGGUUUUGGGGCUGCCGUCAGGAGAAGAAGGAAUCAGGCUCACCGAGACGGAAAUCUCCAGAGCGUUCAAACAGAAGGCCCUACAAUUGCAUCCCGACAAGAACCCCGACGAUCCGCACGCGAAACAGAGCUUCCAGAAGCUGCAAUUCUCGUACGGGAUCCUGAGAGACGGCAGGUCUCGCGAGCUGUACGACAAUCAAAUUCGGGCCAGGACGAAUCAGAAGCAGCAGGAAGAGGCCCGGCGCCGGGCUCGAGAGGAGGAGAUCGAGCGGGAGUGCGAGCGGAUGAGGAGGAGGAUGAUGGAGAAAGAAGAAGAGGAAGAAGCUCGCCGCCGCCGAGCUGAACAGGUUGAAUCGGAGCGGAGAAGAAGUUGGAUGGAGGGGAAAGAAGUGGAUAAGCAGCAGCAAGACGCCCGCCGCCGCGGAGCUGAACAGGGGAAAUCGGAGCGGAGUAGGUGUUGGGUGAAUGGGAAAGAAGUGGACGAUUACCUCCGGCAACAGCAGCAAGAGGCCCGCCGCCGGGCUCGAGAGGAGGAGCUCGAGCAGGUGUGCGAACGAGUGAGGAGGAGGAUGAUGGUGGAGGAAGAAGCUUGCCGCCGAGCUGAACAGGGGAAAUCAGAGCGGAGAAGCUGGAUGGAGGAGAAAGAAGGGCGGCGGCGAGCUGAAGAGGAGGCACAGGGGAGGAGGAGGAUGAAUGCGGAGGAAGAAGCUCUGCGCCGAUCUCGACAGGAUCUGGAGUCGUCCGACGGCGGACUUGACGAGCUGCUUGCGCGGCUGGGACGGCUGAAUGUGCGUGGCGGCGGAGGAAAGGAGGCGAUGUAG